CACACACGCAAAUACACAGAAACAGAGUCCACUCUCUCCAGUAGAUUUUAAACAGACUACAGAGAAAGAGAAGAUAAAGAGGGGCAGGAAAGACUGACCAGAGAGCGAGCGAGAGAGAGAGAGAGAGAGAGAGAGAGCAUCCAGUCUCAACACUUUCUGCUUUCACUGAGAGGACAAAAUCUACAGACCACAACUAUCACCAUCCAGCAGUGAUCACAUACAAGGAAGGAGCUUCAAUAUUCUUACUGGGAUAUUUCACAAGAAUGCUAUCUCAGAAAAAAAGAAAAACUUGAAUUUUGAUUUUGUGGCGAAGCGAGAUUGGGCUGGUCAGAGUCCAUCCAAGGUGGUCGGGUCGACUCGCUGCAUUCCUCUUGGUACUCGGGUCGGACGGUCUUGUGGGACACUUUUGAGGCUCUUUCUGUGCCCUCCGGUCUCCGACACCCACCUGCCCCACUCCACAUCCCACCGACAGCAGCCCAAGGUGAAGCCACGGAAGUGUCCUUGCAGAGUUGUGAACGCAUCUACUCUCUUGGACGAUGGCUCCCCAUCCGUUCAAAGGUUUGUCUGAUGUGCCUUGAUCGACGUGGCCCCUGCACCCCGGCUCCACCCUCGGUGUCCCCUGCAGCAGGAUGGAUCUGGCGCCCCCUUACAGGAUGGACCCUGACAGCCUGGAUUUGCAGCAGGUUCCAGUGUUGUCCAUCAACCAAAUCCGUGCCACCCGAGCCAACAACGACUACGUGGAUCGGCCAGCAGCUCUGGAGCUCUGCCCCCAGAUGGGUCCUACCCCCCCAGUCCGUGACGAGCGGCCCAGCUUGGUGCCGCGCAGCCAGAGCCACCCCCAUCACUGCUACCCAUCCCACAUGAGCCGCUCUAGCACCGUGAGCUCCGUGUCCCGUGGCAGUGCCACCUCUGACCAGCGCCUGCUGCCCAGCCUGGCAUCCUCACAUUCGGGCCUGGCAGUGCGCACCCAACCCGAGAGUGGCCUGAAGUCCCGAGAAGGCCUGGGGAAAGUGCCAUCCAUGGCCGGUGAUCUGGGCAGCCACCUCUUCAUCUGUGAGCACUGCGGCAAGUGCAAGUGUCCCGAGUGCAGCAGUCCCCGCCGGCUGCCCUCCUGCUGGGCAUGUGGCCAGCGCUGCCUGUGCUCAGCUGAAGCUGCCGUGGAGCAUGGCACAUGCCUUUGUUGCAUCAAGGGUCUCUUCUACCACUGCUCUGCUGACGACGAGGACAACUGCGCUGACCGCCCUUGCUCCUGUGGGCCUGCCCACGCCUGUGCCCGCUGGGGUACCAUGGCUCUCCUGUCCCUCUGCCUGCCUUGCCUAUGCUGCUACCCACCCGCCAAGCUGUGCCUCGCCCUGUGCCAGCAUGGCUACGACCGGGCCUCCCGCCCAGGCUGCCGCUGCAGCAAUACCAACACAGUGUGCCGGAAGAUCUCUUCCUCCAACCCGACUACAUUCCCAAAGUCCCUGGAGAAGCCAGUAUGACAAGGAUGACGAAUCAUACUUCUAAAGCCUGUCCCCGAUAAUCCUGAUGACACCCCCAUGCAUCCCAACCCCACAUCCACCUAAUGGAGGGACCAAAGCUUCUUCGUGAGACUCAUUGCUGAAACGGCCACAUCACCAACCAAGACCUGACCAAACAAGCAGACCUAGACCAUAUCCACAACACCAUACUAUAUACUUUUAUCUUAAUUUUAGUCUAUUUAUUUAUUUAUUUGACAUCCAUUAACGCCAUAGGUGGAGCGGAUUGUGCGCCGUUGCAACAGCAGGAAUAAACACAAGAAAACGCAUACGAGCUAUCGUACCCUCAGGUUUCGCGGAGGUUGAUGGGAUGGCCGCUCGUCUCACCUGCUGCUUCCUGCACGAGUGUUGGAAAAAAAGGCAAAAUGGCGAGACGAGGCAAGCAGAUUCAGACGUAGAACCAAGUGCUCAAAGCAACUGCGUGCACUGCCAGGAUACUUGUUCCUUCUGGCAUUUUCCAGACAUGGUUCACGUGCUGGAACUCGGAGACGAGCUGGUCAGAUGUGCAGGAGGUUUCUGGCAGGAUGCUGAAGCUUCCUGGGAUCACACUGGGAAGGUGCCUGGAUUCUGAGUACAGCUGUUCUGGGACUUUUUGUGGGGAGGGGGGUUCGACCCCUCAGACUGGUUCAGACACCCCCGUCCAUACCAUCUGGCAGUUGGUCAUUAAUAGCGGGACAGACCAAGUUAACCAUGUGAGAUUGGACAGCGAUUAAAAUGUGUUUUUUUUUCUUGGGGGUGGGUGGUCACAAAGCAUUUCAGAUACUACACUGCCCGGGGACAGAGAAGACACCUGGGUGUGUGCAUGCAGCCGUCUGGCUCCCUGAGUCAAAGCUUUAUCUGUGCGUGGGGGGGGGGGGUUAGCUGUUACAGCAUGUAGAUAAAAAAAAAAAAACAUGCACGGGUAAGGCAGGGGGUGGGGGCUGGUUUCCAGAUAGCGUGCGCCACUGCAGAUCUGAAACCAGAGCUGCUCUCGAUGUGAGCCUGGACUCCACACUGACUGAGACCAGAAGGGGGGGGGGGGGAGCGUGCCUCUCCGAUGCACUGAUACCCGCUGGACUGUGAGAAUCCGACACACACAGCCUCAGUGUCUGGCUGUUUGUAUGCAUAGUCGUCCUGUUUCUUCAAAUUACUUUGGUAUAUUUUUGUAUGUAAAUAUUAUCAAUUUAUUGUUAUUUUUACCUGUGAUGGGUUGGUGCCCCAUCCUGGGUUGUUCCCCGCCUUGCGCUCAUCGCCCCCGGGAUAGGCUCCGGACCCCCCAUGACCCUGAAUAGAGUAAGCAGUUUCAGAAAAUGAGUAUAUGGAUGGAUGUUAUUUUUACUGCAUUUUUCCAAUCGUUCCUGAGAUUUAUCAUGAGUCGACAGUCCCAUGCAACGCUUGUGCUAUAAGUCGGCUUUGCUUUGCUGGGUGGGGAGGCCUGGUUUGGUGUCAUGUAUCAUCGGCAUGCACCCGGUAAUCUAGUGGUGGGGAGGCACCAUCUACGGGACACCUACUGGUUCCCACUGGCAGCGCCAAUCAAGGCCCUUGUCUGCCCUCUGAAGGACCUCCCUCACCCCUUGGUAAUGCAUGUCGAAAGGCACCCCACCUCCCCCCCUGCCCCCCAACCCCGUCGCCCAGCCGGGGCUUUGGCAAGGGAUGCCGUGCCAGGUGCUGCUGCCAGCAUUCGGGUGCCCCCCCCUUGCUGGCACAGUGCCGUACACCCACCGUAAGCUAACCUCUGUCAGCUCUCCCUGUCGUCUUCAUAAGCAUUGCUUUGGUACAACUGGCAUCCUGUAUGGUGUAAAAGAAUUUAAAGAACAUAUGAAAUAUCUAUAUAUAUAUAUAAAUAAGAUUCUAUAUAAAUAAAUAUAUGAAUAUAAAUUUUAGAUUUAUUUUUUCCGUUGCUGAUGUUGACAGGUCACAGAUAUUUAUUUAAAUUGUUACUAUGAGAGAGGUAUUUAUUUAAUCGGUGGAGGAUUGCCCCUUCUGACAAUUCUGACUUCCUUUUCCUGCACAGCUGCCGUGGCCCUUGGUAGCCUGGCAGCUAAUAAAAUAUGUUUUCAAGCGG